CUCUGGCUCGGGAGCAAUGAGGUAUGUCUUCCAACACCCCGAAAAUUGAAACAGAACGCACCCUCAGCCGUUGCUGCUGGUGGCGCAAAACCCCCAAUCCAAACUCGAGACAUACUGACACACUUCUGAAAGGUGUAUGAACAAUGAGCUCGCAAGAUGAGAGCGCCCAACAGAGCUCGGCGAUGAACAACACAGAGGUCUCGUCCGCCGAGAGAACAGUGCCGAUUAUACAGACUCCCGCCCAGACCUCCCCGCAAUUACCUGGCGACCCUAUGGUGGUAACAUCUCCUGCCGCACCGACGAUGGGCCCUCCACCAGCUCGCACAAGCCCUGACCGUGGCGCAAACGGUACACAUGACCAGACAACAAGCGCCAUGGGAGAGCAGGCGCAGAAUGGAAGCGUGCAAAGCCCUGGCGCAGGAGCAGCAACCCAAGGAGGUGCGCCUCAGCCAAAGGUUCAACAGACUGCUUUUAUCCAUAAGCUAUACAACAUGCUCGAGGAUCCGAGCAUAUCACAUCUCAUAUCGUGGUCCAAUUCCGACGAGAGCUUCGUCAUGUCCCCUUCUAACGACUUUUCUAAAGUUCUUUCGCAAUAUUUCAAACAUACCAAUAUUUCGUCUUUUGUCCGGCAAUUGAACAUGUACGGAUUCCACAAGGUGAGCGAUGUCUUCCAUACCGGCUCGCCAGAAUCACCACUAUGGGAAUUUAAACAUGGCAAUGGCAAUUUCAAGCGUGGCGAUCUCGUUGGCCUUCGAGAAAUCAAAAGACGGGCAUCACGGCAUUCUCUGGUCCACCGAGACUCAUACCCUUCGGUGAAGCCACCGCCUUAUUCACACCCAGGAACUCCAGCCGAGCCAAUACAGCCGCCAAUGGAUACAGAGGCAAGGCUUGGCCAAUUAGAGACUGGCCUGUAUGAAAUGCAUGCGAGACUAGUCCGAAGCGUUGAAAGUGCUCACUCACUGUAUGCCAGGAAUCAAGUCUUGGUGGAGGCCCUGACUCGAUCACUUCAGGUAAACCAUGAGAUAUCUCGUAUAGUUAUGAGCACCGUGCCAAAUGACGCGAACGCACACCGGAGCAUCAUGGACAUGCAAUCUGAGAUCCAGCGCCAGACAGACGUCUUGAGGAACAUUGAUGAGCCAUUGGAACAGCCAUAUGCAGGUUCCAGGCAGUAUCUCUCAAACCUAUCCCUUGAUAACGCCCCUAUUUCUCCACGUCAGCUAGCGCAGGACGACCAUCGGCGCCAACCCCCAAUGGCACAGCCUUCAAGGCCCGGCGCGUUUAGGCCCGUCCCUUCGCACCUGUCCAUCGCCCCUCGAAGGUUCGGGUCAACCGGGGCUGGAACCACUGCUUCAUCACCAAGCUCUUUGCGCUACCAGGUCGCUCCACCACCGCCACCACAAGCACCGCACCCUCUAAUUGCGGUUACAACUCCACCCACAGAUCUCCCUCGCCGACACACCUCGGCGGACAUUCGAGUCCACAUGUGGCCUAACCAACCUCAAUACAACCCCGAGCAGCCAGCGUCACACUGGCCAUCCUCACCCAAGCGACCGCUAGCCGAUCCAAGUGAGGAUCAGCGCAUCCGCGAGAGCUUCUCCUCGUACUCGAUACAAGGAGCCACACAUAACCACGCCAAUGCAUCACGGCCCUCAACGCCACCCUUUAGCAGCAGCGGUGGUGCCUCUGAAAGCCUAGGCGCCUGGUCAUGGGGUGCAUCGAGGGGAGAUAAGUUUGGCGGCCCCGGAUUCGGGACGUCGGGCCUCUUCAAAGAUAACUCCGGGCCCCCUACACGGAGAGGAAGCAUGGCGCAUAUCCUGAACCCCGCGGAAACAGCUGAGCGUGACGAAGAGCACGACAUGGAGCUGCGAGAGGAAGAGGACCGGAAGAGAAAACGGCUGCAGUAAUAUUUCUUAUGCCGUCUGUCUGCGCUGCGCGUAACCACGGGUAGCCUUGCACAGUCAAUACAUUUUGUUUACAUUGGGCAGGUGUGGUGUCUCAAUAUCACCGCCUGCCCCCGCAUCACUUACCCGGGAGGUACAUAUUGGAAAUCGUUUUUUUGUGUGUGUGGCUUGGGUAUUGGAUUAUCUGGAUUGCAUCGUUUUUUUUUGUUGAUACACGAAAUCAUUUUGAUAACCCCAUUUAGCAGGAUGAGAGAAAAAAAUACUCAUGAGUCAGAUUAUUAUUAUUGUGAAUGAUAGUGUAGCCUGGGAAGUUAGUAUACAAUCAGUGGGUGAGAUAUAAUUGGCACAUUGUCUGUUAUCCCUGAAUAAGCAAGCUU